AUGGCCCCCAGGAGUUACUCCAAGACCUACAAGGUCCCCCGUCGCCCGUUCGAGUCCGCGCGUCUGGAUGCCGAACUGAAGACUGUCGGCGAGUAUGGCCUGCGCAACAAGCGUGAGGUCUGGCGCGUCAUGCUCACCCUCUCCAAGAUCCGUCGUGCUGCCCGUCAGCUGCUCACGCUCGACGAGAAGGACCCCAAGCGUCUUUUCGAGGGUAACGCCCUGAUUCGCCGUCUCGUCCGUGUCGGUGUCCUCGACGAGUCCCGCAUGAAGCUCGAUUACGUCCUGGCCCUCAAGGUCGAGGACUUCUUGGAGCGCCGUCUCCAGACCUGCGUCUACAAGCUCGGUCUCGCCAAGUCUAUCCACCACGCCCGUGUCCUGAUCAAGCAGCGCCACAUCCGCGUCGGCAAGCAGAUCGUCAACGUUCCUUCCUUCGUUGUCCGUCUCGACUCCCAGAAGCACAUUGACUUCGCUCUCACCUCGCCCUUCGGUGGUGGCCGCCCCGGCCGUGUCAGGAGAAAGAAGGCCGCCGCCGCUUCCAAGGGCGACGACGCCGGCGAGGAGGAGGAUGAGGAGUAG